CUUUCAUCCUCCCGAUUCUCUCGAGUCAAAACUCAAAAGCCGAAGCCCCGCCCCCGCCAUAGGAAUCUCUCUUCCAGAACUCAAAUUCAAAGGUAUCGAUUCUCCAUCAAUUGAAGACUUUAACCACAUUGCAAUUGAUACACUGUUUAGGAGCCUGAGAGGUGGCUGAGAAGUAGGAUGGGACGGCUCUUGACUACCAAGUGCACUUGGAAGAAUAAGAGGUACCGGAAAAGAAAAGUGGACCAGAUCUCAUAUAUGUCAAAUAUUACCAUCUUUGCUAAAGACAUUGACAACCUCCAAUCUCGGUACAGUUUUUAUUGUUUUCUAAAAACAAGUAGAAGCGCCAAAGUAGCAAGUCAGCAAAGCUGGUAACUACAUACCUAAGCUUGAAAUCAAGGAGACUUGUGUCGAUAAAAAACUAAAUUUCAUCAUCCUAUUUAUUUCACUGACCUUUCUUCUCUGCCUAUCCUUUCAUUUAUAAUAAUCACAAAACCUUUUCUCUCAGCCCAUAAACCUCUCCAUAUCUUUGUGUAUAUAAAGACCAUACAAUUGCUGCCUUCUAUACUGAUUUAGUGAUUGCACUCUCGAAUGGGUCGAUCACCCUGUUGUGACAAGGUUGGCUUGAAGAAAGGACCAUGGACUCCUGAGGAAGAUCAGAAACUCUUGGCUUAUAUUGAAGAACAUGGUCAUGGAAGCUGGCGUGCCUUGCCUGCAAAAGCUGGCCUUCAAAGAUGUGGUAAGAGCUGCAGACUUAGAUGGACUAAUUAUCUAAGACCUGACAUUAAGAGAGGCAAAUUCAGUUUGCACGAGGAACAGACCAUCAUUCAACUCCAUGCCCUCUUGGGGAACAGGUGGUCGGCUAUAGCCACUCAUAUACCAAAAAGAACAGACAAUGAAAUCAAGAACUAUUGGAAUACGCAUCUUAAGAAAAGAUUAGCCAAAAUGGGUAUUGAUCCCGUCACUCACAAGCCCAAAAAUGAUGUUCUCCUGUCCACUGAUGGCCAAUCCAAGAAUGCAGCUAACCUUAGCCACAUGGCUCAGUGGGAAAGCGCCCGGCUUGAAGCCGAGGCUAGAUUGGUUAGAAUAUCAAAGCUUAAAUCAUCCUUUAACACCCCAACAACAUACAAUCUCUCAUCAGGUUCAACUUCAGCUCAGCCAAAUAGGUCACUUGACAUACUGAAAGCUUGGAGUUCUGGUGGAUAUGACUUGGAGUCUCCAACUUCAACUCUCACAUGCUCUGAAAAUGCACCACCUAUCAUGACUUCCUCAGUUGGGGACAAUUCACUGCCCACAAUAGAAUUUGUGGGCACUUCAGGUAAUUCAUCUCCAGAGACUGAAAUUAUUAAAGAAGGUCAUGAACAGGAUUGGAAAAUUAUGGAGAAUUCUGUUCCUUUCACUUCAGAACUUCAUCAUGAUAUGACUCUAUCUAUUGAAGCAGCUUGGACUUCUCCAGAGUCUUUUAGAGGUAAUAAUGAGCAUGUUAAUAUUAUGGAUGAAGGGUUUAAUAGUCUUCUGCUUAAUGAUUCCGGUGACCGGAGUUUGUUCGAUAGUGGUAAAGACUGUGACAAUUCUGCUGCUGGUAGUGAGUAUUAUGAAGAUAACAAGAAUUACUGGAACAGCAUCCUUAACUUGGUGAACUCUUCCCAAGAUCAUUCACCAAUGUUGUGAUGAGGACAUAAUUCAGUUUGUGCAUUGAGAUGUUCAAUUGUUAAUAGCUUAAUUGUCUUCAGUUAAUAGAUAGAAUUCAACCAGUACAACUCUGUUCAAUAACAAUCUGUCUCUCUCUCUCUCUCUCUCUCUCUCUCUCUUUUCUUUUUUAAUAUGGUGUAAUGACCAAUUUGUUCUAAAUUUGGUGUACUUGAACUGAAUGAUUGCCUUUAAUUAGUUCUGUUU